AUGGCCGCUACAUCUAUCCUCUUCAGUAUAGCGACAGCAGCGGCUUCGCCUCUUUCCACCGCCAUCCCCUCGCCGACUUCGUCGCCUGUGGCGAGCAUGUCCGACGACGAGAGCAGUGGCGAAUGUAAACUACUGGGCCCUUUUGCUAUACUGGUGCAGGGAGCGCUGGGCGCUCUGGCUUUAUUGUCCUUGGUCUUCAAGAGAUGGAGAGAAAGGCCGCAACGACCUCUCAAGGUCUGGUCCUUUGACGUGUCGAAACAAGUCGUCGGGUCGAUUCUGCUCCAUCUGCUGAACCUCCUCAUGUCGCUUUUCUCCUCCGGGCAGAUUGGAGAGACUGUUGUGAAUGCCGCAGCAAGCACACUCGGAGCCGAAACAACCGCGGAGUACCAACCAAACCCGUGCUCAUUUUACCUGCUCAACCUGGCCAUCGACACGACCAUCGGGAUACCCAUCCUCAUCGGCAUCCUCAAGAUCUUGACCAUGGGCGCACGGUAUACCCCACUCGCGAAACCCCCCGAAUCGAUCGAAUCUGGACGUUAUGGCACACCACCGAAGGCCUCCUGGUGGGCCAAACAGUGCCUCCUCUACUUUCUAGGGUUAAUUGGCAUGAAGAUCUGUGUAUUUAUCAUUUUCCAGCUCUGUCCUUGGUUAGGACGCGUUGGCGACUGGGCACUGGGCUGGACGGAGGGCAACGAGGCGGUUCAGAUUGCAUUUGUCAUGUUUAUAUUUCCCUUGAUCAUGAACGCUGCUCAGUACUACAUCAUCGACACAUUUAUCAAACAGAAGGGAUCACAAAACGAGGGACAAGAAGACACCGAACAUGAAAGAAGUGAAGAACACGGCUCUCUCCUGCCAGAUGCAGGACCUGAUCAUGGUCGCUCGCUCAGUGAGGAUGAGGCCUGCAAAGCCAAAUCCUCCAGCCAGCUUGAGAGAAUUGUUUCAUAUGACCCUGACAAGGACGGGGAAGUUGUUGUGAGGGAACAACCGGGCGAGAGCAGCGGGCUGACCGCUCAUGCAGAAGAAGAAGGUCUGGAAGAUCGGCCUCGGAUAUGA